AUGCAUCUGAUUCUCACAGUGCAGGCCAAUGGGCAGCCAGCACUGCUGACUCGCAUCAUUCAAGUUUUCCCUCUCCUCACAGAUGCUUCCGGGCUUCCCUGUUGGUACCAGAUCACCCUGUGGACAGGAGGCUUUGUGAUCAUCAUCCUGGGGGUGGCUGUGACAGUCUUGGUAGCUUUGCAGUUGAAAACUGAGAAAGGAGAAACCAGAGUACAUGCUGGCAGAUGCAAUCUCUGUUUAGAUGAGUUUCAGGCUUUCCUAAGACGCAGCCUCUGCAACCAAUACCAGAGCAAACCCUCAGUUAAUUCCACUUGCAAAGUGUGCCCUGUACAGUGGCAGCUCCACAGGGACAAAUGCUACUGGCAAUCAGAAGAUACUAAAACCUGGAAUGAGAGCCAACAUGACUGUUCAACAAGGGAUUCUCAUCUGCUGGUCAUCCAAGACAAGGAGGAGAUGGACUUCAUAAAAAACAUUACAAAAAAUGCAAAAUUCUGGAUCGGACUCUCACUAUCAUUAGCAGAGAAUAAAUGGAUGUGGAUUACAGGCUCCCAGCUUGAUCAGAGUCUAUUUCCAGAACCAAAGUAUGCCAAAGGGAACUACUGUGGCAAGAUUAAGUCUGAACUCGUCGCUGAAGCCUGCAGUAUUGAACUUAGAUGGAUUUGCCAGAAAGACUCUCUUUUACUGUAAUAUGAUAGCUUAAUACAGAUAAUAUUUAUGUGGGGUUUUG